CUUUCGAAAACCGUUUUUUUUUCUCGACCCCUUCUCCUGCAUGCUCUCGCACCAUAACGGAAUACGGAUACGGAACGGUCGUCAUCGAUGAGUUGCGCGCUAAUUUUCCGCGUCUAACCGUCGCAACGGUCGUCGGCAAUUUUCGUAAGAAAUCAUUAUUAUUAUUAUUAUUCUAUUCAGUUAUAAUAUUUAUUUAUGAUAAAUUGCGAUUCCACCGGAAUUCGCGUAUAUGAUAAUUAAAUAACAUAAUUUAACGUUCCCCGACCGGUAUCGCCGUCGUCCGACUAGUGUUCGUUGCGUCGUUUUCGCACCAUACAUAUGAACGCCGGUCGCUAAAACCUAUUCAUAAUACGGAUAGUUAACGAAAAACCGCAGCCCACACGGAAAUCUCGACACAGGUAAAUAACGUCCUGGUGAUAACGUAAUAAUAUCAUCCGCCGUCUUCGUAGUUUUCGUCGCCGUGUUGCAAGUCGGGGUUCAGUUACCUUCCUGUAGCCCGGUGUUGCCGUGUUUUCCCCGACAACGAUCACGAUUGCAUGUUCUGGCCGUUUCGAUCGAUCGUGGGCAGCGUUGGCGUUUCUCUCAGUACGUGUGCGCUGAUCUCGUAAUGUUAUCGGAAUGUUUUCUAAUUGUUAUUGUGUGCUCAAACCUCGUACCAGACCUAUCCAGUCCUUGUCCGUCGACUAAACCCCCGAUUUCUGGGGUACCUGUACACUAACUACCUAUCUGCUCAGUGCUGGAUAUGGCCGUAACAUUGAUAAAAAUAAAAUUUUGGGGAAGGAGAUUUGUUUCAAAAUUGUCCCAAACCAAUUUAACUAUGAGUUUUUAUUUUGAUUAAUUAUUAUGGUUAAAUUUUUCUACUUUUGAAUAAUCGAGUGGGGGGAGAGUGAUAUACUGUUAUCCGUAUCUGUUAUUGUGCUUGAAUGUAUCUAAUAAUUAAAACAAACGAGAUAAUGGCCCGCGUUUUUUUUUUCUGUUAAUGGCUGACAAACUAACCCUUUCCGAUUGAAGUUGUACUUUUCCUUUUUUUUUCAUUAUUCACUUGUUUCUUCUUUUUAAUAGAACAUUCCAAAAGAACGUUCCUACCUAAAGUCGCCGGUAUGGCGUCGUCUGUAGAAAAUGGAGAAACACUUCCUGCUGCAUCUUCUAAGACCAAGAAGACUGCCGUAGAAGAAAUUUAUCAGAAGAAAUCCCAACUGGAACACAUUUUACUCAGACCUGAUACAUAUAUUGGUAAACAUUAAUUAUUAUUCAUUUUAUUUUUUUCUUAAUGUAUCUAUCCUGUAUUAUCUAAUCUUUUUUUUUGUGAUUGUUCAGGUUCGGUUGAAUCGGUCACUGAGUUUAUGUGGGUCUAUGAUGUCGACCAAGAUUGUAUGGUUCAAAGAGAAAUUUCAUACGUGCCUGGUUUAUAUAAAAUAUUUGAUGAAAUAUUAGUAAAUGCUGCUGAUAAUAAACAAAGAGAUCCAACAAUGGACAAAAUUAAAAUUGACAUUAAUCAGUAAGUAAAUGUUAUAAAUAAUAAUAUAUUAUGCUGGUAGGUACUUACAAAAUUAUUUGGUAUUUUAUGUUAUUUCAUUAAACAGAAUAUAUUGUUUAAACACAAAGAAACUGCGGAAUAAAUAUACUAUGUGCAUUAUAAUAUUUAAUAGCAUUUUUUUUUUAAUCUUCAGAAAUGAAAUAUUUUCAGGGAAGAAAAUAUAAUAUCUGUUUGGAAUAAUGGUCAAGGUAUUCCUGUUGUUGAACAUAAAGAUGAAAAAAUGUAUGUUCCUACUAUGAUUUUUGGACAUCUUUUGACAAGUUCUAACUAUAACGAUGAAGAAGCAAAAGUGACUGGAGGUAGAAAUGGAUAUGGUGCUAAGCUUUGUAAUAUUUUCAGUAAUAAAUUUACUGUUGAGACUGCUAGUCGUGAAUAUCACAAGUCUUUUAAACAAGUAUUGUUCUAUUUUAAUUAUUAUUAUUAUGUGUAUACACACACACACACACACACACACACACACACAUGUAUAUAUAUACAUAUACAUACAGGGUGUCCCACAAAGAUUAUACUCAUUGUCAUAUCUCUAGGGGUUUUUUUCUAUAUUACUCUCUAAGAUCCUUAUUAAGUAUUUAUAUUGCAAUUCAUUUUUUGUUUUGGUAAAGAAUUUAUAAAAAUAACUUUAUUUUAUUAUUUUUGAACAAUUUGAUAUGAUAGCCAUUUUAAAAGGUUUAAUUUUAAGAUUUUGAUGUAUCUUUUUAUUUUUAUCAAAUUCAUAGUUUUUAAUAAAUAAAUUUAAGUUCAGAAAGAAAGAGUGCAGUUAAUUAAUCGUAAAAUAAUAAUCAAUUUAAGAAUGCGAUUAUAAUUUGUUGCAUAAUUACAGGUACUUUUCUCUGAACUUUAAAAAGUUAAUAAAAAUCACAAAUUUAAUAAAAAUAAAAAUGUGAUACAUCAACAUUUUCAGAAAAACAAAUUUCAUAAAAUGGCCAUCUUCAAUUUUUUUUUAAGUUUUUUAUCAAAUCAUAAAAAAAUGAUUUGCAAUAUAAAUAUUUGUAGUCUUGAUGUCUGUGAGUAUUGUAAAAAAAAAACAAAAUUAAAUUGUUUUUAUUAUCCCUGGAGAUAUUACAAUGGGUAUAUUUUCAUGAGGUACUCUGUAUAAAUACAUAAUAAUUAUUUAUUAUUGAGCGAGUGAGUUAAUUGGUUGUGCACAUUUUUCUUUUGCAUCGGUCAAUUGAUUAACACAAAAUUUGCAUGAUUGCCAUGACCAAUGGUAGGGAGGUUCAUAAAAAUUUUAAUUUAAAAUAGAAUUCACCAUGAAGGAACAAUCACAGAAAACAGUUCUUAGUGUUUGGCUAGUACUUAAUAUUUGCAUCUAUUGCGUACCAUUGAAAAAAGCUCCCCUCUCCCCUACUUUCAAAUGAUGCUAUGGUGCUCUCCCAUUUUCAAGCACCUGUAUAUAAUCUUGUAGUUCAGAGUAUAAAGAGUCUUCCUGGUAAUAUUAUUUCAUCAGUUCUUUUCACUGUUCAAUUGGUUAAGUACAAAUAAUAAAUAGGUCUACUGGUGACAUUAAUAAAUACACAUUUUCUUACUUAAGAAAUUAUUAUCUCAUAAAUAUCGCGCGAGAAUAUAGACAUGUACACACAAAAUCAUUGUUACUUGUGUUGACACUUCUAGGAACAAUUGAGAUUGAUAAUUAGUUGAUUAAUUUGAACUGUUAUCUGUCCAUGUACCAUAUGCGAAUGGCUGGAACUACAACAUGUAAAAGGAUCUUUUAUAUGCUCAUCAUACAAAUUGAAUCUUUUCAAAUAUUCAGUGUCUAACAUAGACUUAGACCCGUUCCUGAUUUAUUGAAAGAGCUUACAAUGCUUGAAUUAAUGUGUACUGCUAAAAAUUAUGCUCCAUUAAUUUGUUUAUAAGUAAAAGCCAAGUAAAAGCUCAUGGUUCUUAUGGUCAAUAUCAUAAACGUAAAACAGGAUAUAAAGGAAGUUGUUCAAGUAUACCUCAAUCUCUUUCCACUUUUAAAGUUUUCAUUAUUCAUCACUAUAGCUUAACUGGUUACACAUAUUUUUUUGUGUGUAAGCAAUGGUUCUUAUACAAAUAUUUGUGGCUUCAAAAAAAUUAUUUAAUCAUUCAAAGGUUCCCAAAGUAAGGGUCGUUAUCAUAUUUUUAAUAGGUUGUGUUAUAUUUUUAAAUAAUAUAAUUUUUAGAUUCUGAAUGGAGCAAUUCUCCGAUUAACAAUGAUGUCACUUUCUGAAAGGAAAUCUGACUGGGGUGGUAUUUUAAGGGCGGUCAUUUUUUGAUUUUCCCAAGAGUUUUCCUAAUAAAUCAUUAAAACAGGAAAAUGUACAAAAUGUAGGCAAUAGUUAUAAAAUAUGACGUCCUUUUUUUCCCCCUGUGUACAAAUUUUCUACCAGAAAAUUGGAUUUAUAUUUGCAAAUGAGAGAGUAUGCAACUAAACUAAUUUCAUAAACGUCUAGAAAUAAAAAUUAAACAAAAUUUAAAUUCCAAAAUGGUUUGUACCAUAAAAAGUUUAGGAACCUCUUCCUUAAACAUUGAUAUCAACAUCAAUAUGGACGUAGUAUUAUCUAUUCCUACAUAACAACUUCAGUUUUUCAGGAAAAGUGGUGAUGAGAACACCAUUAAUCAAGUUGUUAAAUCUAUUGUUUUGAAUCAAAAUAAUAGAUGGCGAGUGAGACGUCAAGAACUACAAUUUAGGCCUCUAGCAAAUAUAACUCAAUAGUUGCUCCUCGCUCAAUCUCUUUACAAACAUCAAUUCUACUGUACUGAAUGUUUAUGUAUUUACAAUUUUUAGACAUGGGCAAAUAAUAUGGCAAAAUCUUCAGAUCCAGCAGUUAGAGAAGUGAAAACUACCGAUUAUACUAAAGUAACAUUUAGUCCCGAUUUAGCAAAAUUUCGCAUGACUACUCUUGAUAAAGAUAUUGUUGAUUUAAUGUCUCGCCGUGCCUAUGAUAUCGCUGCAUCAACUCGUGGAGUAAAAGUUUAUUUAAAUGGCAAAUUACUUCCGGUGAGAUUUAGUUUAGUUAAUUGUUAAUCUUUUAAAAUAAUAUCUACACUACUGCUCUUUUAUAUUUAUUUUCCUAAUCUCCCUUUCCACGCAUCAACAAUAUUAUCAUCUACACACUCUUCCAUAAUAUCAUAAUGUUUUAAAAUUGUGUAAUAUAUUGUAUAGGUAAUUUUUUUCAGAUUAAAAACUUUCAAGACUAUGUAAGUUUGUAUAUCAAAGGUAAGGAAGAUGAUACAGGCAAUCCUUUGAAACUAGUGUAUGAAAAUGCAGGACAACGUUGGGAAGUCGCAGUCACUCUGUCAGACAAUGGUUUUAAACAAGUGUCUUUCGUUAACAGCAUUGCAACAACCAAAGUAAAUUUAAUUAUUAUUAGUAUUUAACCUAUUUAUUAAAUAAAAUUAUUUUUCAUAGGGUGGUAGACACGUGGACUAUGUCACAGAUAUGAUUGUAAAGCAACUAAUAGAUAUUGUAAAAAAACGAAAUAAAGGCGGUAUGGAUUUGAAGAACCAUCAAGUAAAAAAUCAUCUCUGGGUAUUUGUUAAUUGUCUUAUUGUUAAUCCUACAUUUGAUUCUCAAACAAAAGAGCAUAUGACUUUACAAGUAAAGAAUUUUGGAUCAAAAUGUACAUUAACUGAAAAGUUUAUUACUGCUGUAAGUUUAACUAUUAAGUAGGAAAAAUAUUGAGUAUUUAAAAUCUAAUUAUUAAUAUUUUUUAAGGUAUCCAAGUGUGGUGUUGUAGAAGCUGUUUUAAGUUGGGCUAAAUUUAAAGCUCAAACUCAAUUACAAAAACAAAGUGGUAAAAAAGCUAGCAAACUCAAAGGAGUACCUAAACUAGAAGAUGCUAACGAUGCUGGUACUAAAAAUUCAGUAGACUGUACAUUAAUAUUGACUGAAGGAGAUUCAGCUAAAUCAUUAGCAGUUUCUGGGCUUGGUGUAGUUGGACGUGACAAAUUUGGGGUGUUUCCGCUCAGAGGUAAACUAUUAAAUGUCCGUGAAGCCACUCACAAACAAGUAAGUUACUGAAUAAAAUUUGUUUAAUUAAAAUAAUAAUUAUUUUUAUUUAUUAUUUAGAUUUUGGAAAAUGCAGAAAUAAAUAACAUUGUGAAAAUUGUUGGUUUACAAUAUAGGAAGAAAUAUGAAACAAUGGAAGAUCUGAAGUCAUUGAGAUAUGGUAGAUUAAUGAUAAUGACUGAUCAAGAUCAGGUGAAAAUUAAUAAAAAUAUCAGCUAAAUAUUUUAUUUUUUAUUUUUAAUAUUUAUUAUUGGGUUAAGUAAAUUCCUAUUAAUUAUGUGUAUUAUUAUUAUUAUUAUUACUAUUAAGUCAUUAUUUAUUAUCUACAAAUAAUAAUUUUUGAUUUACCAUUUUUCUUUAGGAUGGAUCGCAUAUUAAAGGAUUGAUAAUUAAUUUUAUUCAUCAUAAUUGGCCAUCAUUGUUAAAAUUACCAUUUUUAGAGGAGUUUAUUACGCCUAUUGUUAAAGCCACUAAAGGCAAAGAAGAAAUCUCGUUUUAUUCACUACCUGAAUUUGAAGAAUGGAAAGACGCUACGAGAAAUUGGAAUAAAUAUAGGAUAAAGUACUACAAGGGGUUGGGUACCUCUACUUCUAAAGAGGCUAAAGAAUAUUUUCAAAACAUGAAAAGGCAUAGAAUAUUAUUUAAAUAUGAGGAUAAUAAUGACGAUGAACAUAUUGAAAUGGUAAACUAUUAAAUAGUUAUUAAAAUAUAAAUAAUUUUUUUUUCAUAAAAAUGAAACUUUUAGGCUUUUAGUAAAAAAUGUGUUGAUCAACGUAAAGAAUGGUUAACUAAUUGGAUGGUUGAAAGUAAACGGCGUAAGGAAGCAGGUUUAGCCGAAGAAUAUUUAUAUGAGAAAAAUACCAGGGCUGUUACUUACAAAGAUUUUGUAAAUAAAGAAUUGGUAUUAUUCAGUAAUAUGGAUAACGAACGGUCUAUUGCGUCUGCUAUUGAUGGAUUAAAACCAGGAUCUCGAAAAGUAACAUAAAUCAUUUUUGUAUUUAGUUAAAUCAAUAUAAAUAAAUAGUAAUGAAGGAUUAAAUUAAAUUUGUGUUACUGUAUUGUAGGUAUUGUUUACUUGUCUCAAAAGAAAUGACAAACGUGAAAUAAAAGUUGCUCAGUUGGCUGGUUCAGUUGCUGAACAUUCUGCAUAUCACCAUGGUGAAAUGUCUUUGAUGUCGACAAUUGUUAAUCUAGCACAAAAUUAUGUAGGCAGCAAUAACAUAAACUUACUGCAACCCAUUGGUCAGUUUGGUACCAGACUUCAGGGUGGAAAAGAUGCUGCUAGUGCCAGAUAUAUUUUCACAAUGCUUAGGUAAUUAUGAUUGAUUCUGCAUUUUUCUAUUAAAAUUUAAAGAUCAUUAAGUUUAUUACUUGGUAUAAUAUUUUAGUCCUUUGGCUCGAUUAAUUUUUCAUCCUCACGAUGAUCCUCUGUUGACUUAUAAUCGAGAUGAUAACCAAAAGAUUGAACCGGUUUGGUACAUGCCUAUUAUACCUAUGGUUCUGGUAAAUGGUGCAGAGGGUAUUGGUACUGGAUGGAUGACCAAAAUACCCAAUCAUAAUCCAAGAGAAGUUGUCGAAAACAUAAAACGAAUGAUAAGAGGUGAAGAUCCAGUACCCAUGGUAAUUUAGCUCUUAUUCAGUACUUAAUGUUAUAAAAUAUAAAGUUAAUUUAUGAUUUCAAUUUAAAUAUUUAUUGUCUAUAGAAACCUUGGUAUAAAAACUUUAUUGGACAUAUCGAAAAAAUUUCCGAACAAAAAUUUAUUUCUAGUGGUGAAGUAGGAAUAAUUGGGCACAAUAAAGUAGAAAUUACAGAACUUCCAGUUGGUGUUUGGACUCAAAACUAUAAAGAAAGUGUUUUGGAAUCUAUGAUCACUGAUACUGAAAAGUCUCCUGCUAUUAUUAGGUGAGUAAACAAAAAUUUAUAAAAUUUUAUUUUUAAUUCAUUAUUUUUUUGUCAUCUUUAUUAAUAGUGACUAUAAAGAAUACAAUACUGAUACUACAGUUAAAUUUGUCGUGACUAUGAAUCCAGAAAAACUUCAAAAAGCAGAAAAUGAUGGUGUCCAUAAAUUUUUCAAAUUGCAUUCAUCUCUUGGUUUAACUUCUAUGGUAAAAUUUCAAAUGCAUAUUUUUGUGUUUUUUAUAUUAAGAAUAUCAAUUUUUUAGUGUGCUUUUGACAAAGAUUGUGUGUUAAGAAAAUAUGAAACUACUCAGCAAAUAUUACGUGAAUUUUAUGCUGUCCGAUUAGAGUUUUACGGUAAACGUAAAGAUUAUCUAGAAGGUAUGUUGGGAGCUGAAGCAGCAAAACUAACUAAUCAAGCUAGGUAUGUAAAAUAAAAAGUUGUUUAUUUUUAGUUAAAUUUAAAAUUACCUAUAUUUCUUGAGAUGGUUAUUUGUAAUAAAUGUUACAGAUAGUUUUUUUUUUUUUUUUUGGCUUUUAACUAAAUCUUAAAAUUUGAAUAACAAAAUAAUAAUAAUAGAUUGAGGUUCACACUAUUUUUAUAAUAAAUAUAUUUUAUUUUAUUUUUCUGUGAUAACCAUGUAUAAAUAAAUUGUGGUGUAGGACUAGUUGUCCGUUAACUGGUAGUAUAGUACUACUACAGUACAGCAUUGUACCAGUAAACAAUGAACAAUUUAAAGGUUAGCUAUUUUGACAAAUCGUUCACUUGGGUGAAUGAAUAGUUACUAGUGACCGUUAUACAUUGAAAGGAACAAUAAAUUAUGUUGUUCAUUUAAAUGUUAAUUAGAUCAAACCAUUAAUAGUUCAAUUUGAACUGGCUCAUUCUUAAACACAUCGCUAGUAUAAAUGUUGUUUUCAUAUUUUCUGUUAUUAAUAAUGUAAUCUACUUAUAUAAUUAGUACAAAAUGUUUUUAAUUUAAGAUUUAUUGUGGAAAAAUGUGAUGGAAAUUUACGAAUUGAGAAUCGUAAGAAGACGGAAAUGAUUAAAGAAUUAGUUAAACGGGGUUAUAACAGUGACCCUGUUAAAGCAUGGAAAUUAGUUCAAGAUAGAGAAUCAGUAUUGGUAAUCAAUUUUUAUUUAUUUUAUGCAUACAUUUUUUAAUUUCUUUAAUAAAAUUUGGGCUAAUAUGUGUUAAAAUAAAAUAUGUAUAUUAUAUAUAUAGCUUGAUGAAGCUCAACAAGCUGCAGAAGAAACUGAAGAAGAUGAAACCUCUCCCCCAAGUACUAGUGCCCCUUCCAAAGAUGAUGACAACUUGGAUUACGAUUAUUUACUGGGCAUGUCUUUCUGGCAUUUAACAUUGGAGAAAAAGAAUGAACUGCUAAGAAAAAAAGAUGAAAAAUGUGCAGAACUAGACAUCUUGAAGAAAAAGUCUCCAUCUGAUUUGUGGCUUGAAGAUUUAGAAGUAUUCUUAGAAAAGGUAAUUAUUUUCAAAAAAAUUAUGUAGUUUUGUUUUUCCAAGAUAUUAGCAUUUUAGCUAUCUUUUUUGAUUUCUUUAACCAGAUCAUAUUAAAUAAAAUUCAAGUCUCGAUUUUAAUUUUUAAUUUACAGAAUUAUAGUACAAUCAACUAGAUAUGUAUAGUGUAUACUAUAACUAGUAUAACUUUCAUAAUAUAUUAUAUAAAUAAACAAUAAGUUUUAACUCGUUAAAAAAAUAUAAUAAUCUGUUUGUUCAAAAUAAACUAAAAAGAAAAUCUAAAUAUACAGUUCUAAAAAAAAAUACAUUUUUUUGAAUAAUUAUGAAUUAUUUUCGCAUUACAGUUAAGUGAAGUCGAAGAAAAAGAAAGAUUAGAUGAAUUAGGUGAGGAAUCUGGAAAAAAAGGUUCCAAGGGUGGGAAAUUAGCAAUUGGUGCUAAGAAAAGAACACAGAUGGCUUCUGAUUCUAUGCCUUCUCCUGCUGCAAGACGUAUUAUGCCUGUAAUCGAUGCUGAGAUGUUAAAAAAAGAAGAAAAAAUUAUAGCUGCGAAAGAAAAUAAAGGAAAACGUGCUGAGAAAAAAGUAUGUUUAUUCUGUUAUUAAUUAAAACAAUUAAUUUAAAUGUUUUUGUUUGUUUUAACAAUUAAAGAAAAAAGGUGAAGGUGAAGGAGGUGAAGAUGAACCAAAAAAAGAAAAAAAAGAAAGAAAACCUGCCGCUCCUAAAAAGAAAACAGAUGGUUUAAAACAGACAAAAUUAAAGUUUGAAAAAAAAUUAGUUGAUGACGAUGAAGAGGACGAAGAUGGAAACUUAUCAGAUUCUCCCCCACCUCCUCCAAGAACAGUAUCUAAACGCCAAGCUGGUAAUUUAAUAUGAAUGAAAUAAAAAAUGUUUUAAUAAAAUGUAUGUUUGUUUAUUUUAACUAGCGGCAAAUAUAUCAUUUAAAUAUGAUAGUGGUGAUGAAUACGAACAUAGUGAUGGUGAAAAUAGUCUUAAAACUUCACCAACACAUGAAAUAUUUUCUGACGAGUAAGUUUUGAUUUCAUUUGGAUAAUUGAUUUUGUAUAAUCAUAGUACAGAUAAUUUAAAUUUUUACUACUGAGCAUUCAAUAUUUUGUUUUUAUGCAUAAGUCUAGCAAGUAAUUGAAUUUGUAUUGUAUUCAUAUUUUUAGGUCUAUGUCGGAUGAUGAAUUUGUUCCGAAAAAGAAAAAAGAAUCUCCUAAGAAAGCUGCAAAAAAGCCACCAGCUGCCAAAAAAGAACCCGCUGCUAAAAAAGAACCUGCUGCUAAAAAAGAACCUGCUGUUAAAAAAGCACCUGCCAAAAAGAAUAAUGGUACAGCUAGUAGUAGUAGUGAUAUUGUAACAAUAGAUGGGUCGUCAACAGCCAAACCAAUUGCUGCUAAACGAGCAGCAGCUAAAAAGAAACCGGUGAUUGAAUUCAGUGAUGAAAGCAAUGAUGACAUUUUUUCUGAACCAGAAGAACAAAAAAAACCAAGAGCAGCUGCUAAAAAGAAAACUGUGAUUCUAAGCGAUGGAAGUAAUGAUGAAGAUUCUGAACCAGAAGAACGAAAACCAAGAGCAGCGGCUCUUAAACCUAAACGCAAAUACAGCUCAUCAGAUUCAGAUGAUGCAUUUAAGUCUCAAUCAACUAGCAGUAUGUUUUUUAAAAAAUGUUAUGUUUAUGUUCAGUUUAUGAAAUGUUUGAUCUUUUUUUUGUAGGUAAACCUCAAAAAUCAUUUGAUGACUUAUUUGCCGAACCUUAUCCCAAGAAAACCACAGUUUAUGAUGAUGAUGAUGAUGACGAUGAUUUUAAAAUGUCUGAUCAAUCAGAUGACAAUUUCAUUCCAGGUAAAAAUAUUUUUUUUCCUUUGUGUACUAGCAAGAUUAGUUUAUUUAGUUCUAUAGUUUAAAGUUGAAAUGAACAUUUUUUUAAAUCUUAUCUCUAGAAACUCAAUAACAUACUUAAAUGUGUUUUAAAUUGCUACGUUAUAAAUAAAUAUUUAUUAACUUAGUUAUUUUUUAAGUUUCUUUUCUUUUCAGGAGUAAUUUUUAGGUAAAUGUAUUUAUUUUAUAAAUCACUCAUAUAUUUUAGCUCUACAUAUUGUUUUUAAUAGUCUAUUAUCAAUUUUCAAGAAAUUUGAAAUAUAUUUUAUGUCUGUUUACCUUUACAGCUAUAAUAUUUUAUUAUUUUAUGCUUGACGUUAUUAUUUACGUAAUAUUAUUUUUAAAUUCGUUGUUAAUCACUUGAAUAAUUGAAAGUAUUUUUUACAGUUUUGAGCUAAAAAUCAUUGUUUUUAAAGAAAAUUCCAUCAUUGAAGAAUUAAUAAUUGUUAUUAAAGAUGUUUUGGUUCUAUUUUAUUUUAAUUGAAUAUAAUUUUAAGUGAUUAUUUGAAAAACUAUUUUAGUUAUUCAUGUAUUUGUUUACUUAUGUAAAUUUUAAAAAAAGAAGAUAGAUAAAUAAACUAAAUAUUUUUAGAGGCAUACAGUUUUUGGCUGUAGGACUGUUUGGAAUUAAAUAAUUAAAUAAUUUAGGUUUGUAAGAUAAAUAAAUUUUUACUUUCCUGAACAACUUUGAGGAACUUAUAUAAUUUAAAACAAAUUUUGAUUAUUAAAUACUAAUUAAUAAAAGAAAAAAAUAGUCACUUAUUUAAAAUUAUUCUGAUACUUUUUUCAAUCAGUAUUAUAAAAUUACUAGGGCUUUGACUUGUAGUAUUUGCAUAUUUGUUUUGUAAUAGUCCUAGUAACACCUAAAUAAGUUACAAAUUUGUUUCAGAUAAUCAAGAAGUCAUAUAAAAAUUUAAAAAAAAUUGUUACAUAUUUUAAUGAUUUGACUUUAUUUUGCUAUUUUGAUGAUUUUUAGCACUUUGUUGGUUUUAUCGUCAUUUCAAAGAAGAAAAUUUCUUAUAAAAUUGAUAUUAUAUUUCGGUAAUUGUCAUAAAAAAAAAAAUAAGAUUGACAAAUUAGGUGUUCGUUGCCAUUACUCAGUGAUUCCGUUGAUAUGGAGGUCUCUAUAAAUAAUAUUGUUAAAUGAGUAUUAUCGCAUUUUUUUCAUUCUGCUUGAAACACUAUGAUAUUAAACAAUCGUUACCAGCUGCUGAUAUGAUAUCAGACUUAUAUUUUUGCAUAUUUUAACAUUUUCAGUGCGUAUAUUAGCAUUUACAUGAAUGUUUUUAAGAGCUAAUCAUUGCGCUUAUAACAACUUUCUUUUGGAGCUAUAAGUUACGAGUUAGGUUAUAAAACUAUUUCCUUGAAUAAAGAUAUAAUAAUCUAUGAAAAAUAUAUUUUGUUAUAAUUCUAUAGUGACAGUUAAAAUAAUUUUUCAUAUUAACAAAUAUAUAAAACUGGUAUGAAUAUAGUUAAACGAGUUAAAAUAAAUGUAACAUAACUUUUUGAAAGAAUCCAAUUUAUUUUUAUUUUUUUAAUUUAUUAUGUAUUAGAAAAUAAUUCUUAUAGACAAUACUUGAAUAUAAUUUAACACUAUUUAUUCCAUUCCAAUAUUGUACUCGUCAGUUAUUAAUUCAGUUUUGCUGCUGUUUGUCUCUUCUCCGUAAUGCUCUAAUUCGUUUAUUGCCUUUGCCAGGUUCAUAUUUUCUUCUUCCAUUUCUUUAAUUUUAAGCACCAUAUUUUCAUGUUGGAUUUUUAGUUUUUUUAAUUCUUCCCUCUCGUUAACAAUUUCUGUCAUAUUAGUACGAAUAAAAUCCAAAGGAUCUGUUGGUUUUUCUUUCAAUUCGUAAAGUUUUGCCAAAACAUUUGUUAUAGCUUCAACAACACCCAGUUUAUUUAAAUACUUUUUGAAUUCUUCACGUUUGAUGUUAUUCGAAUCAUUUUCCUGUUCAGACAUUUUUAACAAUUUAAUAAUUAUAAAUUCUUUUUUAAUUUAAUAAAUAUUAUGUUUGUUGUGGUAACCAAGGAUAUUGUAUUGUUAUUAGAAACAUAAAUGCAAAUUGUGUUAAUACUCAGUAAAUAUUUAAAAAAAACAUCCCAGAGUGGCAAAAUUGUGUUGGAGUAAAAUUUCCCCCUUCCAGUCUAGUAUCAUAAUCAUAUUUAUUUUAAAUAAUAAAUAACUGAAAACUAUAGUAUUGCAAUACUAUAAUAUAUUACAAAUAAACUAGUUUCCCUCCAUAAAAAAAAAAUAGGAAAUUAGGGUCUGUAGUCCAUGUUAAAAAAAUACCUUCCCACAACAACAUAAUUUAUAUUAAAUUCAACACAAUUUUUAUAUUUCAAUUGACUUAUUUGACACAAGUUAGUGCUUAUUUGGUCUAGUGGGACUGCUAAAAGUACUAAGAAAAAUUAUAUGUAUAUAUGUAUAACAGACAUUAUUGGCUGCAAUAGUUUUUAUUUUCGUAGUAUACUCGGGAAUACUAGAAAUAUUGUUUUGUAUAGUUAUUAAUGUAAUUUAUAUAUUUUAUUCUUUUAGAAACUAAAAAGAAAUCACGAGCCAAAUCUUCAGCAAGAAAACCUCCUACUAAAAAAAUCAAGGCAAAGUCUCCUUUCUCUUCAGGUUCUGAUUAAAACUUUUAUGUACUUAAGUAAUUCAUACUCAUAUUUAAGCUUUUCAUUUUAUGUUUUUUUUUUUUUUAUUAUUUACUAAAUAGAAAAUUAAGUUAAUGUUAAGUGAAUGUUCAGUAUGUAAUAUUAAAUUUUAACAUUGAAAAAUAAUUUUUACAUUGGAUUAUCUUUUUUGAAAAAUAAUAAUAUUUAAUUUUGUGUUAAACUUGUAAUGAUGUGAUGUAUGUUUGUUGUGAAAUACUCACUGUAUAAACUGUACAAUUAUUGAUUUGAAUAAUGAACUUUCAACAAACCAACCAAUAGUGUUAUGAAAUGAUUGAACGGAGCCAAUCAAUAUGUAUAUUAAUUAACUUAAAUAACUUUAUGUUGUUAUAAAAUAAUGAACAAUACAUUUUUUUUUACGUUUAUUUAUACUUUUAAUAAAACAUUUACAAAAAUAUACGAAUAUCUAUGAUUUAUAAAAACAUGUUAUAUAAUUAAUUAGGAAAUGGAAAUAUUAAAAAGUACGAAAUAACUUAACACUUUGGUAAGUAUUUUCGUAAUGUUUAUGAUGAAUAAAUAAUUGUUAAUAAAAUGUAUCAUUAGAAUUUUAAAAUUAUUUGCAGCCAUAGUAGUAAGACUAUUUCAGUCAAUUAGAUACAUUUUUAUUUUUUAGCUAUAAAAGUCAUAAUUCUAUCGGAAUAAACGAUAUUAUUCAUAAAUAUCAGUAUUACUAAUUUAUAAUAUAUAUACAUUUAUAUUUUUUAAAUUGUUACCUGUUUAGCAUAUAAUGUGUAACGAAAAAUAAAAAAAAAUAAUAAAAAACAUACACCUAAUAUUAAAUUUUGUCCAAUAUUUUAACAUCACGAUUGUCUUUCGGGAUCAUGAGAGAGUCCACUGUUACAAUAAUAUUAUUUUUUUGUUAUUAACUAAAAUUAUUUUUAAUAAUUAAUAUUUACACAUACAAUGAUAAUAUUACAACAUCUAUAUACAGUGUAGUGGAUAGAAUUCAGUAUCUGUGCCCGUGCAUAUGCCUGUCUGAUUGUUUGCCGAUCGAAAACCGAUCACUAUACUCGUCGUGGUCUGAGUGACUGUGAUGCACAGCUUGUGGUGGAUACUUUUCCGUCUUGUAGUGUAUUUCCGGUGUUGUACCGAAGCUCUUUUGCCAGUGGUGCGUCCAAUAGUGGUUCUGCAUCGCCACUUCCUUGGGAGUUUUGGCGUCCCUGCACACCGUUACGCAAUAGAUUAGACUGCCCAUCAGCGUCAGGAAUCCGAAAAUUAAAAAUAUGAUGCCCAACACCCUGGAAAAACACGAAAAUUCAAUAAUAAUUCGAAAACUAUUAUUAGUAAUUAGAUUAGAUGUUGUAGCACGGCCAUAGAUAGAUAGGUAUAGCCGUGAGUUGUUGGCUCACGAUUACACAAUACAUAGUAGGAAUUAAAAGU